AUGGAGAAUACUGCUGCAGAAAUUUAUGGGUCAAGCUUGGGCCUGAUUCCAGAAGGAUUCUGUUUCGCGACGCGGCCCCGGACCGCCACGCUCCGGGAGCUCACCCGCGAUGGGCUCGGCGUCGCGUUCGCGCCGCACGGCGAGCACUGGCGCCAGCUCCGCAAGCUCUGUGUCACCGAGCUGCUCAGCGCACGGCGGGUCAGAUCUCUCCGCCGCGGGCGCGAGGCUGAGGCCGCCAACCUCGUCGCGUCCGUCGUCGCAUCGCUGUCGUCGGCGCCGGCGCCGCCGAAGCCCGUGAACGUCAGCGCCCUCAUCGCCACGUACGUCACGGACGCGAUCGUGCGUGCCGUGGUGGGCGACCGGAUCAGGGACCGGGAUGCGUUCAUGGAGAAGCUGGACGAGGGCGUCAAGGUGGCCGCCGGGUUCAGCCUCGCCGACGUGUUCCCGUCAUCACGGCUCGCGCGCGCGUUCAGCGGGGCGGCGCGCCGCGCGCGGGCGCACCACCGCGAGAUGACCCGGCUCAUGGACGGCGUCAUCGAAGAGCACAGGAAGAGGAGGGCGGCCGGCGCUGGCAACGACGAGGAAGACCUCCUCGACGUGCUCCUCAGGAUCCAGAAGGACGGCGGCCUGCAGGUUCCCCUCGACAUUGGCACCAUACGCGCCGUGAUCAUAGAUCUUUUCGGUGCGGGGAGCGAGACGACGGCGACGACUCUGCAGUGGGCCAUGGCAGAGCUGAUGCGUCACCCGGCGGCGCUGCGCAAGGCGCAGGCCGAGGUGCGCCGCGUGCUCGCCGGGGAGCGACGCGUGUCGGAGGACGCGCUGCCGGAGCUGCGCUACCUGCAGCUCGUCCUGAAGGAGACGCUGCGCCUGCACGCCGCGGUGCCGCUGCUCCUCCCGAGGGAGUGCCAGGAGGAGACGCGCGGCGUCCUCGGCUACGACGUGCCCGGGGGCGCCAUGGUGCUGGUCAACGCGUGGGCGAUCGGCAGGGACGCCGCGAGCUGGGGCCCCGACGCCGAGGAGUUCCGGCCAGAGAGGUUCGAGGACGGCGGCGCCAUGGCGGGGGUGGACUUCAGGGGCACGGACUUCGAAUUCGUGCCGUUCGGCGCAGGCCGGAGGAUCUGCCCGGGCAUAGCGCUUGGACUAGCCGUCAUGGAGCUCGGCCUCGCCAGCCUCCUCUUCCACUUCGACUGGGAGCUCCCCGGAGGCGCUGCGCCGGAGGAGCUGGACAUGGCCGAGGGGCUUGGGAUCACGGCGAGGAGGAAGAGCGAUCUGUGGCUGCAGGCCACCGUGCGCGUGCCUGUUCCAAAUGUGUAG